AUGGAGGCAGAACGGACAGGCUUCCACACGAUCGAGGAACCCCAUCCGACGAAGCUGGUCGAAGGAGGGAGGCUCAGUGAAAAAGACGUCACCGUCGACGACCUGCGCCGCGCAGUGCCGGACUACUGCUUCUCGCCCAAUCUCUUCUUGUCGUUUUAUUAUCUAGCCCGCGAUCUCUGCUACAGCGCAGCCCUCACGGCAGCCCUAUACCAAUUACUACACACGCCCGCCGUCGUCGAAUCUACCUGGUUGUACUACACCGUCGUCAAUGUCUACGGAUUCUGUCAGGGUGUUGUCUGGACAGGGCUGUGGGUGAUCGCUCACGACUGCGGUCACAGCGGUUUUUCGCGCUGGAGCGCUCUCAACGAUACCAUCGGCUUCGUCCUGCAUUCGUGGCUCCUCGCACCCUAUUUCUCGUGGAAGUCGACCCAUCGGCGCCAUCACAUCUAUGCGAACCACAUCGAAAAGGACCUCAACUAUGUCCCGCCACGGCGGAGCCAGUACGCUGAGAAGAUCCACGCCGCCGUCGAGACCCUUGAUGAAGUCGGCCAGGACGCCCCCGUCGUGCUCUUCCUGCGCAUAAUCCUGCAACAAACAAUCGGCUGGAACUGGUACAUCCUCACCAACAUAACCUGCCCACCUUCGGCCGUUCCCAAGAAGAACAUGUCCGCUUGGCGACACAGCCAUUUUGAUCCUUGGGGAGCCCUGUUCUACUCCUCCGAGUGGCCCGCCAUCAUCAUGUCCGACUUGGGUUGCCUCGCUACCAUCAGUAUUCUGUGCUACCUCUGUCGGGCAUUCGGCUCAUUCGAGACCUUGUUUUGGUUUUAUAUUGUUCCAUGGACUUGGGUGAAUCACUGGAUAGUCAUGAUCACCUACCUCCACCAUACCCAUCCAUCCGUGCCCAAAUAUACCUCUGAAUCCUGGACUUUUCUCCGGGGCGCCACGGCCACCAUUGACCGCGACUUCAGUUUCAUCGGCACUCACUUCUUCCACCAUAUUUCCAGCGACCAUGUCACCCACCACCUGUUUUCGCGUAUCCCACACUACUACAGCCCCGUGGCCAGCAGGGCAAUCAUCCCGCUGCUUGGCAAGCACUAUCACGGCCGCGGCGAUUUCAAUUACGACGCCCUGGCUGUCGCAUUUGGCAAGUGUCAGUGGGUGGAAGGGGACAGUGAAAAGGACUCUACUUUUGGCCUGACAAGGGAGAAGUCGGAUAAGAAUGGGAAGGCGAACGAGGCUCUCUGGUAUCGUCCCGGCCCUAGCCCGUCACCCGAGUUCAAGAUGCGAGGGGCAAGGAUUUUUUGA